CGGUGCCGUCGGUAUCGCGGGUUUUCUAGGUGGUUGCGUCGUUCUGUGCCGUUGCUGCUGGUCGCGCGUGCGUUUGUCAGUGUGCCUGUGUCUGUGCGUGCCCGUGUGCACGGCCGUGUGACAGUCUAAGCGCCGCGUAUUUUCGUGUAAAUUGUGCGAGUGGAAAAACGAAAAAGAAAAAUAAAAUUCUACGGGAAAAAAACCAUCCAGUGUCCCAUCGAUUCGACCGCGAAGGAAGGCUCAAUGCCGCGUGCGUGAGUGCGUGAUUGCCGCCCGUAAGUGACCCGGCGGAUCGGGUGCAAGCUUUCCCUUCGGUCCCGACGGUGAGCAAAGUCCGCAAUUAACAGGAUAAUCGGCCAUCGUUGCAAGUGCCCCUUCCCGAAAGAAGUGGGUGGCCGUUUGAAGUGGCCGACUUUUGCUCGCUCCUUCUGUCUCCCUCGGUCGUUUGGCCUUUCGGUGUUUCGGGUCAGAUAGGAUUGCGCUUCGGUGCGCGUGAUCGGAAGUGGUUAAGCGGCCGGUGUUGGUGCAGUAAUUGAAUUAGUGCAAAAACGACACGAGUUUUUAAGUCAACCCAAGUGGAGCUUUGCGGUCCGGAAUGGUUGCGUCCGCACGGUGGCAAAGGGAAAUCUAAUUUUGUAUGAAAACAGUGUGAAAUCAAAGUGAAUGGUGCGCGCUUAAUCUGAGGAAAACAAAAAAAAAAGAAAUAACAAACUUGUCGCAUUAGGCAAACAGAAUAGAUUCACUUAACGGUGAUUUAAAGUGUCGGAGAAAAAAAACGGAAAACACGAUCGCAAGCCGUGCAGGGAAAUCGGUAGCAAAUAAACGAGAUUGAAAAGUGCACUUGAAAGGCGCAAGAAAAUUGAAAAGUAAACAGAGGCGCAAAAGAAAGUAAUAACAAAAAAAUAAACCAAACGACCAAACGCAAUAAAAACGAAACCGCGAAACGUGAAACGAAACAAUCGCAGAAACAGAAAAAAAACAACGCCAAAGCCGGAGGAAAAAAGGAUUACUCGAAAAUAUUAUUCUUUCAUCAGCCGGAAAGUAAAGCGAGCGAGCCAAGGAUAAUAAAUCUCGUCCGCUCCGCCGGCACCUGAUAUUCCGCCCGCGACUUUGUCCCGGCCAGCAGAAGCUUUCGCCCCGGACGGUUUGCGGUUUGGCGUUUGGAUUGCCGUUUAUUUUGUUGUUGGUUCUUCUACCGGCGCUCCCUCUGUCUUCCGGGUUUUGUUCCGGCGUGUUCGGGUGGCGAGUGCGGAAAGGAAAAGUGCGGUCCUUGGCGGCUUUUCUUUCGGAUUAAAACAAACAACGCGCAGGCAACCAAGGCCUCUAUAAUGAUUGUAUAAGAUAUAAAAAAUGGUAGACGAUCUGAGUUGAUAAAAAUGGAUUACAAGGAAAUAAUAUUGUUGCUAUGUCUAAUCCUAACGUUGGCGAAGGCAACACACAAAGAUAACCGAGGUGGCUCAAAUGAAACGGUAAGCACUUGGUCACCGUCCGGCACGGAUCUGGAGGACGAAGACGACGAGGAAGUACAGAAACGAGCGAAAGCGCAAGGCUGGUCAUCGUGGACGGAAUGGUCGACCUGCUCCCGGUCGUGCGAUGGCGGCGUCGCGUAUCAGCUGCGCCGUUGCCACGCACCGCACGGCUGCAAGGGAGACGCCGUCCGGUAUAAAAUCUGUAACAUGCAGCCCUGUCCGGAGCAGCAGGACUUUCGCGCCCACCAGUGCUCGGCGUACGACGACGUGCCCUACGAUGGCGCCCUGCUGAAGUGGACUCCGCACUACGACUACUCGGAACCGUGCGCCCUCACCUGCAGGGGUCGACCGCAGCACCUGCUCGAGGAUAUGCCCGAUUCGGCCGGAGCCAGCGAGUCCUUUCCCAUCAGCGACGACGAGCCGAGCGUCAUCGUGCAGCUCUCCAACCGGGUGCAGGACGGCACCAGAUGUCGCCCGGGCAGCCUAGACAUGUGCAUCCAGGGAAAGUGCCAGCGCGUCGGAUGUGACCUAAAGAUUGGAUCGACCAAGAAGAUCGACGUGUGCGGAGUGUGCGGUGGAGAUGGAACGUCCUGUACGCAGCCCCUCUACCAGUGGGAAAUUGCCCCGAUGUCCCUCUGCUCCGUCACCUGCGGAGGCGGGUAUAAAAUGGCCAUGCCAACCUGCCGGAACCGUGUGACCGGAGUGGAUGUGGAGGAAUCGCUCUGCAACGCAUCGUCCCGCCCGGAACCGACCGUCGUCCAGUGCAACACACAUCUCUGUCCGCCGAAAUGGGUGACCGACGAUUGGAGGGCCUGCUCGAAACCAUGCGGUGGCGGCAUCCGGGAGCGGGUGGUAGUGUGUGCGGAGGAAAGCAAUGGCGCAAAGAAUAAGGUCCCGGACGAGGCUUGUCGCGGCGUGCGGCCGAAAAAUCAGGAAGCCUGCAACGUGCAAGAGUGCCCCAAGUGGGUCGUUGGCGAAUGGAGCGGGUGCUCGGUGUCGUGCGGAGGCGGAAUUCAGGUGCGAAGCGUCGAGUGUAUGGACACGAACGGUCACUACAGCGCGCAAUGCGACCCAAGCUCCAAGCCGCUCACCGGCCAGCCCUGCACGACCGGCAUCAUCUGUAAUGCGGGUUCCGCCGGCUCGUCAUCGUCGGCGGGCAUCGUCGCCAUCGCUCCGCCAUCUUCGUCAUCGUCCGCCUCCGACUUCGAGGGUCUCACGACGGCGGGCGAUGGGAUGGGGGCGGGUGACCGGGCGGCGGGCCAAGCGAGCCUCAACGAGCGGCUGAUGAAGGAGAAGGCCGCGAUGCACACGAUGGAGCGCGAUCCGACGCUGAUGACGUACAACGACCAGCCGUACUAUGCGCAACCGUUGCGCCAGGAUCGGCUGCCGAAGGCGGAGAAAAUCGUUUCCCAGCGGGUGCCGGGCGAGGCAACCUACAUUCAGGACACCGAAUGGUCACCGUGCAGCGUGACGUGCGGCGAGGGCAUCCGCCGGAAGCCGUUCCGGUGUAAGAUUUUCCUCGAGUUUUCCAAGCGCGUCGCCGUGCUGAACGACUCGCUCUGUCACGCCUACAAGCCGCUGGACGAGGUGGAACGUUGCGUCAUGGAGCCGUGCUCCUACUCGCACAACCACGAGGAGACCUAUCUCAAGGAUGGGAACCGGCAAAGCUUGGAAAAUAUCAAAGUGCACGCGGCCGUUCCUGGAAAGACGUACUCGUGGCGUGAGGAAGGCUACACGAGCUGCAGCGCGUCCUGUCUCGGUGGUGUCGAGGAGUUGAUCAUCAACUGCGUGCGGGACGACACGGGGAAAAUAGUGUCGCCGUUCUUGUGCUCGCCCGAAACCAAACCCGAGGCCCGCAUCCGAACGUGCAACGACAUCCCGUGUCCGCCCCGGUGGAACUACUCGGAGUUUACGCCCUGCUCGAAGUCCUGCGGGUUCGGCAUACAGACGCGUGAGGUGACGUGCAUCCACGAGGUGACGCGCGGCGGCGAGAACACGAUGAUCGUGCCGAACAGCAUGUGCACUACGAAACCGCAGCCGGAUCGGCAGUACUGCAACAUCAUCGACUGCCCCGUCCGGUGGGAGGUGUCUGAGUGGAGCAAGUGUUCUAAAUCCUGCGGCGGUGGUUUGAAGGAGCGCCGCGUCGAGUGCAAACAGAUCAUGGCCCAGGAGCACAAGGUCGAGCGGCCGGCUUCGAUGUGCCCGAGCAGCAAACCGCCGGACAAGAAGCCGUGCAACACGAAGGCGUGCGCCCCGGAGGACCAGCGGCCACCGAUCGCCGGCACCAACUCCACCUUCAUCCAGCACGAUCCGAAGAAGAACAAGAUCACGCUCAAGAUCGGCGGUGCGGCGACCGUUUUCUACGGCACGCAGGUGAAGAUCAAGUGCCCGGUGAAGCGCUUCAACCGGACCAAGAUCCGCUGGUCCAAGGAUCAGCAGCCGCUGCUGAAGACGAAAAAGAUCAAAAUGUCCAAGAAGGGCGCCCUGCGCAUCCUGGACGUGACGUUCCGGGAGGCCGGAAUCUACACCUGCCACGCUGGGCUAAGUCACGCCGAUCUCAAGCUGGCGGUGAAGGCCAAACCGGGAGCGGAGAAUCAACCGAACGAAGAACACGAACGGCACCGGGAGGGAGCGGACCUUAACGCGUUGCGGGCGCAUUCGUACGGCAUGACGAACGGGAACGAAGAUGAGAAAGGUGGUCGAAGGAAUCGUGAACGAAAUCGAGGGAAAAACCGGCAGCGGCAACAGCACGACGCAAAUUUAAACGAAAACGAUGGAACGGAGGAUGAGGAGCCACUGCGGUCGCACUCGCAAAUGACCGUUUCCGGCAGUACGGUGCCGUCGGAUGCGUCCAACGCGGCCAGCUCCGGCACCCGUACGAUGCCGCUGCCCCACUUCCAGCAUCUUCUGGCCGGCCUACAGCUUCUUUGGCCGUUUCAGACCUUUAGCAACACGAAACCGCACCAGUUUCUGGUCGAGCAAGGGUACGAUCCGUUCGACGGAUCGAUCGGUCGGCCUGGCGAGCAUGACGAGUACGCCGAUCCGCCCCGGCCCAUGAACGUCUAUCAGCUGCUAAAGUCGCGAACCAGCACCGGCACCGGCGACACGGUGGGUGACGAGCCGAUGAGCCACGACGGCCAGGUUGCGGAGGGUUACGAUUUCGAGUGGAUGACCACCCCUUGGUCAGAAUGUUCGCAAACGUGUGGCGCCAACGGUGGUGGCUACAAGCUCCGUUCAGCCCACUGCAUGCUGCGGAUGUCUAACGCGAGCCGUACCGUCGACAACAGUUUCUGCGAGGACGCCGGCCUGCCGGUGCCGGACACGGUGGACAAGUGCGGCAACAUCGAAUGCCCACGCUGGGUCACGACGGACUGGAGUGCGUGCCAGCAGUCGAAAUGUUUCUCGUGGCACACGGCCCUCCAGAAGCGCGACGUGUUCUGCCAGUUCGAGGGUGCGCGGGGCGACAGCGAGAAGCCGUGCGAGGACCAGGAGAAGCCCGUCACCAAGCAGGAAUGCUACAACGAGCUGUGCAAGGGCGUAUGGCGAGUCGAGCCGUGGUCGGACUGCAAUGCGGCCUGCGAGGGACAGGGCAUCAAGUACCGGAUACUGCAGUGCGUUUGGUACGGCACGAAAAAACCGGCCGGAAAUGCGUGCCGGGAUCAGCCGCGACCAGCGGUUAUGAAAGUGUGUAAAGGACCACCCUGUAUUGCGAACCUUUCGGAAUGCAAAGACUUAUCGAGGUACUGUAAAAAUGUAAAAACCAUGGGCCUUUGUAGACUGCACCGUUACCAGCAACAGUGUUGCAAGACUUGUAGGUUUAAUAUUUAUAACUGA